UGGAAGAUACUAGGUUUUGGGUUGGCUAUAAAUACAUUGAUCGAGCUCCGGCUCUCCGGCAUCCAAGCCACGAUGGAACCCUCGAAUAGGCUUGCUAACUUCUGAAGAGGACUGGAUUUGGUUUCUGGUUAAAGAUGAAUACCGUUCAAUCUAAUUUCUCAGCUAAUAGAGUGGUCUCUCUGAUUGGACCCACUGCAAGAAAUGUCAGAACCUCUUCUUUCAGUACUGCAAGGAAGAUGAAAGCUACAUGUUUACAUGUUUCUCCACCAUUUGGUCUCCGGCAAGACAAGCUGUACCCAAGAUUUGUUUAUGAUGCCCUGAAGAAUGAAGCUUCAGUGCAUGCAUUUGGCAAAAAUGGGGACUCUAAGAGUGAAAAUGAGCCUUUUUCAUUGGAAUCACCAAAGAAAGCUACAGGCAAUUUUAGAAGAGAGCUAACUGUGCAGGACUUGUUGAGGGAGUGGAUGAAGGGAAGACAAUUUGGUGGAAACGGAGGUUAUGGGAAUUCGUAUGGGGGUGAUGGUGAUCCUUCGGGUGGUCCAGAGACCGAAGGGUCUGCAGGACAAUUUGAUGAACUCUUUCAAGUGAUCAUGGCAACUAUUGGUGUAAUAUUUCUGUAUACCCUUAUAACCCGUGGCGAGGAACUGAUCCGUCUUGCUAGAGACUGCAUCAAAUAUCUUUUAGGUGCUAAAGCCAGCACCAGGUUGAUCCAUUCAAUGGAGAAAUGGCGUAGGUUUUUUGAGAUUGUCACCUGCAAGGGGGUGUUGUGAGAGAAAGAUCAUAUACUUGGCUCAUGUCAAAGAUCAUUCCCAUGCUAAGAAUAAAAGCCCCUGCAUAGUUUCUCCAAUAGCUUGUAUUUGUUCCAGAUGAUUGGAGAAGAUCACCUUUGUUGUGGGGAUUAGUCAUCUGACCUACAAGAGUCGGCUUUUUUAGUGUAAUGAGUUCCAUUGUUCUCCUUGCACUUGUUUCUCCAAUACCAUGUAUUUGUUCGAAAUGUUAAAAGCUCAUCUUUAUGUUGUUGUUCGCAUUA